AUGCCUGAGACUACCAAAGUCGUGCCCCUCACCUGCCACGGGCAUUCUCGACCUGUUCCCCAUAUACACUUUUCCUCCAUUGUGGACGAGGACCAGUUCUACAUCAUCUCAGCAUGCAAGGAUGGCAAUCCUAUGUUGCGCGAUGGUGUGACUGGCGACUGGAUUGGAACCUUCUUGGGUCACAAGGGCGCAGUCUGGCAAGCGAGGCUUUCUUCAGAUGCUUCGCUCGCAGCGACUGCCUCUGCAGACUUCUCUGCAAAAGUAUGGGAUACGCACACCGGCGAAGCCCUCCACACUCUUUCGCACAACCACAUCGUUCGCGCUGUCGCAUUCCCCAAUCAACCAAACCCGCAAAUCCUGGCGACAGGAGGCAUGGAGAAGAAAUUGCGCAUUUUCGACCUGUCUCAGGGUGAUUCAGCUCCAAGCUAUGAGAUUGGCGCUGGCGUACACACCGGUACCAUCAAGUCGAUUGUCUGGACAUCGGACCCGAACAUCUUGAUCACGGCUGCAGAGGACAAGAAGAUCAGGUGGUGGGAUCUGCGGACACAGUCGAUGAUUGGCGAGUACGCUGUUGAGGGCGUAGUAGGCACGUGCGAGUUGGAUAACACCUCUCCGGACGGCAUACUGAGUGUAGCCGCUGGAAACAGCGUUUAUUUCUUCAACAGCCUCCAGCCAGGGUCGCUGAUCAAGACCAUCAAGACACCCUAUGAGAUUGCUAGCGUGGCUCUGCACAGCGGAGCACGAAGGUUCAUUACUGGUGGUAGCAACCAGAAUGACACGUGGGUCAGGCUUUGGGAUUUCGACGAGGAGAAAGAGCUGGAGACGAACAAAGGUCACCACGGUCCUGUCUGGUCGGCAAGCUUUUCGCCUGACGGCAAGCUGUAUGCGACAGGCAGUGAAGACGGUACCGUCAAGCUUUGGAAGUACACUGCCGGCGCGUACGGUCUUUGGCGAUGA